AAAGGAUGGCACGUUCCGGCCUCGUUUUCAUGGCUCAAAGCAGCCUGCUCACCCCUAAAGAGAAAAAUAAACUGAGAAAACCGGCGGUGGAGAAAAUGCGCCGCGACCGCAUGAACAGCAGCAUCGAGCAACUGAAGCGCCUGCUGGAAAAGGAGUUCCAGAGGCACCAGCCGAACUCCAAGCUGGAGAAAGCCUACAUCCUAGAGAUGACUGUGGACUACCUGAAAGAGCAAAGCUGGCUGCAUUUGAAAGCCAUAGGUCCCGCUCAUAAAGAUGCUCAGCAUGACUUCAAAGAAGGUUACUCGAGAUGUCUCCAAGAGGCCUUCCAAUUCAUGUCUCUCCACAAAGUCCACACCGAAACCCAGGCCAAGCUCAUGAAUCAUUUCCAAAGGAGCCAAGGGUCCACCCCUGAAGUGGUCAACUCGCCUCCUGCCUUGAAACACUCAUCCUGCAAGGGUGCCCAUGCGCUCUGGAGACCCUGGUAG